AUGUUUCCCAAGACCCCAGCGCCUUCGGGUUACGCUGCUCUAUACAGAGCUGCUGCUGCAAACCCAAAGAAGCCCACCCAGAAUACUGAAGACGGCAGGUACAAGCCCGAGGGUACCAAGAACCAUUCCGACCAAGCGACCAAGAAGACGGAGAAAAACGACCAGGGCGUUGAUGCCAAGGCUGCCGGAUGGAACGUCCAAGAGACCCCUGCUCGGUUCAAGAUGAAUCACUUUUCAAUUCGUUAA